UCCUUCUUUUCCUAGUCUUUUGGAGGUAGGAAUUCAUAGCUCUAAAUACUCUCCUAGUGCCUGAUUUUAACUCUGUCAACUUUCUCAUUGAAAGUUUGGUUCUAGCCGCAUGAAGGAGGAGGGCCUGGCUCUGAAGCAGGGCGUGAAGGCCUGCUCCUCUGUGGAGGACCCCUUCAACACCUAUUAUAAGAUGAUGAGGACUCUGGGACACGGACAUUUUUCCGAAGUUAAAAUGGUGUUCCAUGUGCCCACUGUGACCUGUGUGGCUGUAAAAAUCCUUAGAGAUAAGAAGUACAACGCGAUUUUUAACAAUGAGAUCAGCAUUAUGAAAUCCCUGAACCAUCCAAAUAUCGUCAGGCUAUUUCACGUGUUGGAGACAGCAGAGACCACCUACCUGGUGAUGGAGCACGCCUCCGCCUCCGAGGGAGAGCUGCUGAGGCGCAUCCUGGAACGGGGGCCUUUAGAGGAGAUUGAGGCCCAAAGGAUAUUCACGCAGAUCGCACGUGCUGUGGAUUACUGUCAUGAUAACCGAGUUGUCCACAGAGACAUUAAAGCCACGAACAUCCUGUUGGACUGCAGAGGGAACUCCAAACUGAUAGAUUUUAGUCUCACUGUCAAAGUGACUCCUGGGCAGAAACUGCGGGGUUUCUGCUGCACUGGGCCCUAUUGUGCCCCAGAACUCUUUGCACAGCACGAAUAUGAAGCUUAUCCCGUUGAUGUGUGGUGUUUGGGAAUUCUAUUCUUCCUCAUGGUGUCUGGACGUUACCCUUUCCAGGCCAGUUCGUUUGCAGGCAUGAAGAACAAGGUCACCUCGGGCAACCUUCAAAUUCCUCACCAGGUGUCCAUCAAUUUUUCCAAUGUCAUCAUUGAUCUACUGAGAAUCAAUCCCGGCAGGAGGCCCACCAUUUAUUCUAUAAAUAGAUUUAUACUAUAAUAGGCAAAGA